AUGGAACAGAAUGGGCCCGCCGCGCAGGUCAUCCUUAACGGCCAUCCCCAGUCGCAGCAGGCCCAUAAACCAAAUAUGUCGCUGUCAAACCGAUCCCGACCGCUGUCAGUGGAUGAGGCGUUGCAGUACUCUUCCAUGUCCAGCGCGCCUGUCUUUGGUCUUGAUUGCAUCAUACGCCCCGAUGUUGGCCGGCCAUCAAACACUACCUCGAUCAACCACGUUCUUCAAGCGGGCCGCAAUAUACUAAGUGAGUUGGAUGCGGAGAUACAGUCCGGGCAGGAUGAGUCCAGUCGCCUGGAAACAUCCCGUGAAUACCUUCAGCAAUUGCUGGAUGGGGACCAGCUGACUGAAUUCAAAUUCAAGCUCCCUCCCGCCCUCAAUCGCAGCCAAUCCUCACAUUCGACUGCGCUCAACGGCCCUCCAUUUGGUCGCAAAAAGCUUGGUUCCUUCGCAAGAAUGAUGCUCGACUCUACAGAUAUAGCCUUUCGAUAUCCUGAGACUGACCCCAAUGUUACUCCCAAAAUGACUUCCAAAGUCACUUCCAAAUUUACGCCAAAGGCCAGACCAAAGGCCGCAGAAAAGUUCAAACAGGCUGAGCACAAAGAUGCCUUAAAGAACAACGCGGCUGCAUGGAAUCAGCAGGCAUUUGCCGAGAACGCGUCAAUCUCCGUCAGCCAAUCACUUCCAACAACACAAACACCUCAACCAAUUCAACGUUCAUCUAGCGGAUUGUCCGUGGUCAUUCCAGUGAAGGCUUCGCCUUUAAAAUCCACACCUGCUAAGCCAAGCCAACAAGUCAAAGCGCCGAGGCUGCAGGUCAUUAUAGAGCCCGAGGAAUCAACAAGCGCAAUUCGCCUCAGAGACCAAAAGGCGGAGGCCAAUGAUGCUCUGCUCAAGCUACAAGACAUUCUCCAGGACAUAUUUGAAGCAGAAGACCAGAUCGAAGCAGAAGAUACAAUUGUUCCUACUACUAACAGACCGAAUCCGAUUUUCGUGAACGCAAGGUCUUUGGACGUGCAUGGUGCAAUUUUGUCUACCGAUGCUCACAGCCGCCUGCAGAAGGCUAUCCAGAAAGUGGUUGCGUUCGAUCGACUACAGGACAUCCCAUCGGACUAUCUUACACGGAUACAGAAGCUGUGUGAAAAGCCCAUAAUUGCUUCUCAAGCGCCUGAUCUGAGACUCAAUGACCCGUCAAGUGAACCAGAUGUGCAGGUGUGGGUGGCAAAGAUAGAGGACAUUUUGAAUGCUUUGCUUGCGAUUGGAACUCUCUUGCAGACAAUGUCAGGACGCCGGACAGAGCGGGAUCUUUGUCCAGAAGACCUCAUUGAAGCCAUUCCGACUGUUCUCAACCAGGCUUUCGAUCAUUGCAUUAUUCCUGCGGUGGAAUGUCGGUCCGGUGGUAAAGACAGUGAAUUAUUCUCCUUUUUCUCGAGCCAGAAGCGUAUUAUUGCAAGCUUGAUACACCAGAGCAAGAAAGCUCUGACUCUUUUCGCGGAUUUCUUGUCGCGAAUUGAUGUCUCUGAAGGGACUAUCACUGCGGCCGAAUUCUUUGCGACCAAGCUAAUUUUUGUCGAAAAUGCGCACAACGACAAGGACUCUGCGGUUGGGUUCCAAAAAUACGAGCCAGCCAGGCGUGCAGUCAUGGAUGUGCUUGCGAAAAUCUUUUCAAAAUACCCAGAUCAGCGACCGUUCAUUCUGGAUGAAAUCUUGGUUUCGCUAGAGAAGCUCCCCUCCACACGCCAAAGUGCCAGACAAUUUAAACUUGCAGAUGGAAAGAACAUUCAACUUCUCACUGCGCUAGUGCUCCAACUCGUGCAAACAACCGCCCUAGAAACCCCUUCGCGAUCUAAUGCGAAACGUCGAUUCCAGGCCGAUGACGAUGACGAUGAAUUGAUGGGUGAUGGUGACGAGACAAAAAAAGUUGAAUUAGACGAUGAUGAUAACGACGAAUCGGACGAGUCUUUGGAACGUCUAGCUACCAAAGUUAACAGACUAUAUGACAACGCAAUGCGCAGUGCGCAGUACAUUGUGAAGUUUAUAGUUCAGCGAGCAAUGACCUCCACCAAGAGCGGCGACCAGCCGUUCCGGAAUAUUCUCGAUUUGUUCACGGAAGACUUGAUCAAUGUCCUCGGGUCAGCCGAUUGGCCCGCUGCUGAGCUCCUUCUUCGAAUCAUGGCAUCUCAUAUGGUUGGCAUUGCAGAUCUUGACAAGAGCUCAGCAACAGCAAAGAGCAUGGCUCUUGAGCUUCUGGGGUGGAUGGGGUCCGCAAUUUCCGAUUUGAUCGCUACUGCGCAACACAUGCUCCCUGCCUUGGAGGACUUGGACGGCGAUCUUACUGACUAUCUCAAGCAACAAUUUGAGGACUCAUUAGCCCGAGCGUUGCAUCCGCAAGAUUUAAUUACCUCUCGGGGCCCCUACAGGAUGGCCCUUGAGUAUCUGUCGCAGGAUCGAAAUUCUGACAAUUGGCAAAUGACUAGCGCACGAGGCUACUACCUCGCUCAAUGGGCAAAAACAGUCUGCACGCUCUAUUAUAACUCUGAAGACAAACAGGAAUUGGAAAACGAUGACUUGACCGAUGAGCUAGUGGUCCUUCUGUCAAGAUCGUUCUCUGAUUCACGCUGGCUGGAGACUCACAGGCGAUUCGAUCCCAUUUCCAAUGCUCACGGACGUUUUGCCUACAUUCUUACAAUCUUAAACUCAAGCUUUGGGAAGGCUUUCGACACCAUUCUCAAAGUCUUGUUGAACUCCAUUGCCAGUGAGCAGGCCAAAGUCCGCAGUCGGAGUUUAAAAAGUGUCAUCUACAUGCUUGAGAAAGACCCCAAUCUUCUCGACAGAGAUGCUUCUGUCAUGCGUGUGAUUAUGCGUUGCACCACCGAUGCUUCGCCCAUGGUUCGGGAUUCUGCAUUAUCUCUUAUCGCCAAAUGCAUUGGGCUCAAACCGAAGCUCGAAGAAGAAGGCUGUCGCUGUAUCCUUGCGUGCGCAGCUGAUCAGACUGCUGGCGUUCGCAAGCGGUGCAUUGGGUUGCUGAAAGAACUUUAUCACAAGACCUCUCGACAGGAUUUGAAGUUGGCCAUCCUCGAUAGCUUUCUUCAGCGCACUGGUGACCUCGAGGAAAGUGUAGCAGCCUUGGCCCGGCAGACCUUUGAAGAAAUCUGGCUGGUUCCAUUCCACGACUCCAUUCAUUCGACUUCUGAUGCCCCUAAAUUCAAAAUGGCGCUUGGAGAGCAAGUUGGACUCAUCGUUAGUCUUGUCCAGCGUAGCGAGACUGCCCUUGAUUCACUGAGUACUUGUCUUAGAGCCGUGCUUUCAGACAAAUCCAAAUCAGCGGAUAUGAAUUUCCAUGUAUGCAAAGCCAUGGUGUCCAUUAUGUUCCACCGCCUCGUUGAGGAUGCGGACGCACUUGGUAAAGACUUUCAACAGGCACUGUUGCAAACAAUUACCGUGUUUGCCAAGUCCAAUGCAAAGCUAUUCAGUCCACAUCAGGUGGAGGCUUUGCAUCCCUAUAUUGGCAACCUUGCAAACGCAGAUGAUCUUUUCAUCUUCCGAUCUGUUGUGGUUAUAUAUCGCUGCGUCUUGCCAAACAUAUCGACAUCCCAUAAUGCUCUCUUGAAGGAGGUACAGAAUGACCUCUUCAAGAGCGUAGCCAAGUUGGGUCGCUCAGAGCUGAACGAGGUCAUGGCGUGUUUGUGGACCAUCAAUAGCGUUCUGCAGAACACUGACAGGCUGGUGAAGCUCACUGUGUCCGUGCUCAAGCCAUUACAGCAAUACAAGAGUGUUGAUGUGGGCUCGCCUGCUAAUGCUGCUAUCUUACAGCGAGCGAAGAGCUAUAUACGAAUCGCUGGAUGCGUUGGAGGCCAUUGCGACCUUGAAAAGUAUGUCAACCAUUUCAAGAACUCUUUUCCUACAUGGAAUGGCGGAGCCGUGGCUGGCUUGAUGAUCGACUCCAUCCUUCCCUUCGCCUCUCAUAAUCAGCCCUUGGAGCUGAGGGUCAUGGCCCUUGAGAGCUUAGGUUCUAUCUGCCAAUCCUGGCCGGGUCAAUUCGGCCGUGAGCCUACGCGUAAGACCUUUGCGCAAGUGUUCAAGGAAGACAGCCCAAGUUUGCAGAAUAUUGUGCUUCGGUCCUUUGCAGACUUUUUCGCCAUCCAUGAAGGAAAGUCCGAAAAAUCAGUUAUGCCGACGCCAGACACAGGCUCUCAAGAGGACUCUACUCGACUUGGAGGAUCGCUUAAGGCUAGCGAUAAUGACGGUGCCGCUGCCUUGAUCGCCCAGCAUUUCCUCAAGAACAUGCUCAAGGUGGCACAGUCAAGACAGGACACCUAUUCCCUCACUGCCAUUGAACUCAUUGCAAGCAUCAACCGACAAGGUUUGGUACACCCUAAAGAAUGCGCUGGUGUUCUGGUUUCUCUAGAAACGUCGACAACACCCGCUAUCGCCAAAAUUGCAUUUGAUACUCAUAAGAUGCUUCACUCACAGUAUGAAUCGAUGUUCGAGCGGGAAUACAUGCGGGCUGUGCAAGAGGCCUUCCAAUACCAGCGAGAUGUCGUCGGUGAUUCUACAGGUGCCCAUGCUCGGCCUUACGUCUCAAAGCUUGCUCCCUUGUUUGAAAUCGUCAAGAUCAGCAAUAGUCGAUACCAGAAGAAAUUCCUCGCCAAUCUUUGUGGCAAGGUCAACUUUGAAUUGAAGAAACUCAACUCCAGUGGAGAUCCACCGGAACAUCUCCUGUUGACAAGAUUUAUCACUCAAAAUCUUGCCCACUUCGAUUAUGGCCAGUUGGCCGAGUUGGUACCCACUAUUCUGGCCCUGGAGCGCAUUGUCUCGUCGACCGGCACUGUUGUUGCCCAUGCCAUCGAAACAGACAUUUUUCCCAGUCCUAUAGGUCCUCCUAUGAUCGAGACUCCAGGUGGCAUGGGGAUGACUCCUGCUGUACCAAUGCCAUCCGCCAUACCACAGCCAGUCAAUCCUGCCGCCUUGCGAUCGCUAGCCACAGCUGCAGCAUCGCUUUCCAUGCUCUGGGAAGCGCGGACUUUCUUGCGUCGCCUUUAUGGAGUUCCCUCCCAUGGCAAAGACGGCAAACCCGUCACUAAGGAGCUCAACAAGACUGCCACAAAAGUGCACGGCGUGACCGGUGACAAGUUCUGGGAGGCCAUCGCGAAGAAUAUGGCUUCACUGAGUAGCGAAGAUGCCAUGCUGAGGAAAUGUCGCGAGUUCUCUACCUUGCUAGCCAUUGACGAGGAGUUCAAGGUGGACCGAGGCGACGAUGCCGAAGGAGAUGGAUUCGAUGCCAUGGGAGAUGAUGACAUAGACGGGGUAGCUUCUGGACCUCGUCCGGUGAAACGAAAAAGCUCCGUCUCGAGUACAAGCGUUAACAAGCGCCCCAAGAGCCACAAGGGCUCGGUUGGCAAGAAACGAUCCAGCGCUGAUUCCGAAGAUUGGGACUAA